AUGUUAAAUUUCGAUCCGUUAAUGAACGUCUCAGAAAAUAAUGCUUCCCCACAGCUUUGUAAAUCAAUCGAUCAACUUUCUGAACAGCUAAUCACGACAACUCCUGAAUCGUCUAAUAAUAAUAGUACAAUUAAUGCAUCAUAUUAUAAUCGUACAGGUCAUUUAAUAAGUCCUAUUGGUAAUGAAGAAUUGAUUAACAUCGCUACAGCGUCACCUUCAGUGAUAACAACAACAACGUCAUCGUCAAUACCGACAACUGAAUCAACCGUGGCAUCUCUCUCACCUUAUGUUAAUAUUGAUAAGUUUAAUUCACCUUGUGAUGAUGUAAUUCAGUGUAUUACAACUACAGUUCCUGUUAAAACAACUUGUUCUACAGUUGUUGAAUUACCCAGUUCAUCUUCUAUACUUACGAACAAAUCUUCUACAACUGGCGUAGCUAUCACAGCAAUUGCAAACACUACCACUUUCUAUUCACCAUGGAGACAUCGUAGUGUCCUAAAUCAAGCUUUAGGUGGAGGGGAUGGUGAUGAUGAUGAUGGAGGAGGAAACAGUUCACCGGAAUGGUCAUCUUUUUCAAUACCCAAUGACAAUAAAUUGCACGAAAUCAGUAUAAUACAACAAGGUCAACUCGAAUACAAUCAUGAUAACAGUGAUAAUAAUUUGUGCGAGGAUUUUUCUAAUCAUAAUAAUAAGGAAGAAUAUGAAUCUACUACAAGGAAGAUUAAAGAGAAUUCUAUUCAUAAAACAACAAACCAUUCAGAGCUAGAUCUUCUUGUCAAUAUGUUAGAUCGUGUUGAAAUGAAAGAUGAUACGAUGCAAGAAAGUGAUAAAUCAACAAUUGUAACACAAAUUGUUCAAGAUUGUAAUUUGGCUAUGAAUGAAUAUAAAACUCCAGAAAUUCAAUCUUCUAAAUCUGUUACUCCAUCUUUAACAUUUAAUAUAAGAAAAUCUGAAAAUCUAUUAAACAAUAAGAAAUUAGUUGAUACACCAAAAACAUCAAAUUUAACAUCAACACCAUUUCUUUUUAAUAAGUCAAUAUGUAUACCGGAAGAAUUUCAACAAAUGAAUGUCUUAGAUGUUCUUCCAUACAAUACACCUGAUCAAUGUAUUGUCAAUCAUAAUACAGAUAUGAAUACUACACCAUAUACUAAAGACACUGGUGGUAUAUCUGGAUUUUUAUCAAAAGCUGCAAGAUCUGUUUAUUCACGUCUUAUAUCAUCUGGUUCAUCACAGUUAGCAUUGAAAGAUACUUCAUUAGUAAAUAAACCACAGAGUAUUAUUGAUUCAUCAUUCAUUGAAUCAUGUUCUGUAGGUAAUAAAGUUGAAUCAAUUAAAAAGGAAUUCAGCAUUGAACAAGAGAAACAUCAACAACAAUCUUGCUUAAAUAUAACAUCAUCAUUUGUUCAGUCUGAACAAAUCUCUCAACAAUUAUUAGAUGAUGAAGAGGCAUGGAAAACAGUCAGUUCCGUACAUGAUCUAAAUGGUUCAAUGGAGAUAUCUAGUAAAAUGGAGAUAACUGGUAGCUGUACUGAUGGUGAUGGUGCAAUGUUGUUAGGAAAUAAAGAAAAUGCAGAAUGUUUACAAGUCCAUAAGAUUAUACAUGAAGAUAUUGAUGAUGUGAGCAUGAAAAGUGAAAAUAAUUCAUCAACAUCAAAUAUAUCCCGAUCACCAUUAAAAGAACUACUUAAUAAUAUAAAAGAUGUGAAUACAACUGAUAACAAUAUUACUACAAAUGAUUUUGAUCAUAAUAAUCAAUCAUGUCAUGAACAUAAUGGAACUACUAGUACUACUACUACUACUACUACUACUACCACUACUGUUCCUUCGAUCUCUUCUUCAUCACCUACGAAAUCUGUAUUAUCCAUUUCGAUUAAUGAUAAUAAUAGUGUAAUUGAGAAUCUUGAAAACAUUGAAAUAACGAAACAAAACUUACGUGAUGAAAUUACUAAGUUAAAAAAUGAAGCGGAUUUAUGGAAAUCGGUACUUAAAGAUUAUCAAUCUACUUAUAUCAAAGCUGAAACAAUCAUAUCAGAAUGUCAAUUAGUAGAAACUACAAAACUUAUACAUUUAAUUGAAGAACGUAAUGAAACAAUGGAUCAAGCGAAACGAAUGCUUGCUGUAUAUAAAGAUAUGAUGCAUCGUGUUGAACGUGCACAAAAUGUAUUACAAUUUGCAAAGAAGAAACAAGAAUCAUUAAAAAUGAAUUUUGAUAAGAUUCAUUCAAGCAUGUUGACAAUACAAGAGAAACAACAUCAUUUUAUUAAUUCAUAUGAACAACAAUUAAAUAAUGCUUUAAUUAAUCAAGAUAAACAAAAUGAUUUAUAUCAAAGAAAAUUAAAUAAAUUAACAUAUGAACGUCGACAAACUGAUAUGCGUAUUUUAUCAUUAACUGAAGAAGUGAAACAAAAAGAUCUACAAAAUAAUGAAUUGAAAACAAUCAAAGAUCAAUUACUCUUAUCACCAAUUCGUUAA